AUGGCCGACAAGCUUCGCAACCAACAAGAACUCGAGCGCCUCCAGGCCAAGUACGUCGGCACUGGCCACCCCGAUACGACGAGCUGGGAGUGGCGAACCAACAUCCAACGCGACACAUAUUCUUCCAUCGCCGGGCACAGGCCUCUGUUGUCGUACAUCGCGCUCGCCGAGAACGAGCCUGUAGCCAAGGUUCGAGCUCAGAUGAUACGGGUACGUGCUGCGCUCGCCCCAUUCUACCCGGCGUCCUUUCUCUGCCCUCCAAUUCUCAUUUGA